AUGGCUGAAGCACUCAUUUCCGUGCUCCUAGAACAGUUGGCCUCGAUCAUCCAAAAACAGGUAGAACAAGAGGUCACACUCGUUGUGGGUGUUAAGAAAGAAGUGGCAAAACUCUCCCACAAUUUCAAAGCUAUUCAAGUUGUGCUCGAGGAUGCAGAGGAGAGGCAAGUGAAGGAGCUGAACGUGAAAUACUGGCUGGACAGUUUGAAGGAUGUAUCCUACGAGAUGGACGACGUGUUGGAUGAGUGGAGUACUGAAAUUCUGAAACAACAUAUUCAGAAACAAGAAAAAGAAGCUGGUAAUGCUGGUAGUACUAGUACUACCAAGAAGGUAUGUUUCUGCAUUCCUGCCCCUUGGUUUUGUGUUGGCCAAGUCAGUCAAGUAAUUCUUCGUCGUGACAUUGCUGUGAAGAUAAAAGAACUAAAUGAAAGAUUAGCUCUGAUUGCUAAUGAAAGGCAAAACUAUAACUUUCAAUACAUGAAAAGAGGAAGUGAACAAACUGAACGACAAAAAAGUUCUUCUUUCGUUGAUAAGACAUUUGGUCGAGUCGACGAAAAGGAAAUAUUAGUAAAAAAGUUGCUGAGUGAGAGUGGUCAAGGAGGGGCAACCUGCCUUGUCAUCCCUAUUAUAGGGAUGGGAGGAAUUGGCAAGACAACUCUUGCCCAACUUGCCUAUAAUGAUGAAAAGGUUCAAGCCCAUUUCGACAAUAGAAUAUGGGUUUGUGUGUCAGAUCCUUUUGAUGAGAUCAAAAUUGCCAAAGCCAUCAUUGAUGGUCUGAAAAAAGAGAAUUCCCCAGCUUCAAAUGAGUUGCAAAUUCUCUUGCAAUUUAUACAUGAGUCUGUUAAGGGCAUGAAGUUCCUUCUUGUCCUAGAUGAUGUGUGGAACCAAGACUAUAGAAAGUGGGAACAAUUAAAGUUACCUUUACAAAAUGGGGCUCUGGGUAGUAGAAUAUUAGUGACCACAAGAAAAGAAGAAGUUGCGAGGAUGAUGGGAGCAUCCACUGAUAUUGUCAAUUUGAAGGUGUUGAGUGAAGAAAACUGUUGGGCAUUGUUCUAUCACAUUGCACUGGCUGAUAGAGAAAGAAAUGAGUCUAAGGGGUUAGAAUUUAUUGGCAAAGAGAUUGUAAAAAAGUGUAAGGGUCUGCCCCUUGCUGCAAAGGCAUUGGGUGGUCUCAUGCGCUACAAGGAAAUGAGGAAACAAUGGGAAGAUGUUUUGAAUAGUAAGAUAUGGGAGGUAGAUGGGGUUGAGGAACAAGUUUUCCAACCACUGUUACUAAGUUAUUAUGAUUUGGCCCCGACAAUCAAACGUUGUCUUUUGUAUUGUGUUAUUUUCCCAAAAGAUUAUAACAUUGUCAAAGAUGAGUUGAUUGAGUUGUGGAUGUCACAAAAUUAUCUUAAUUCAAUUGGAAACAAAGAAAAAGAAGCGGUAGGCGAAAUGUACUUUGAUAACUUAGUAAUGAGAUCUUUCUUUCAAGAAUUUGAGGAAGAUGAACUUGGAAAUAUAACGGGGUGCAAGAUGCAUGAUGUUGUGCAUGACUUUCUACAAUUUCUAACUAAGAAUGAAUGCUUAGUUUUGGAGGCUGAGGGUGGUAACAAUAAGAGAAUAAUGGAGUUUGAUGGAUAUAAGAAGGUUCGUCAUUUGACAUUAAUGCUUGCACCCUAUGGUCCACUAAUUCCAAGUUCCUUGUGCAACUGCAAGAAUUUACGGACUCUUGCAACUUUUGAUUCAAAAAUUGCUAGUUUUGGUCGAGAGUUAAUUUCACAAGUAAAAUGCCUUAGAACAUUGAAUCUGAGGCGUAACUCCUUGAAAGAAGUUCCAAAUGAGAUUGGAGAAUUGAUACAUUUGAGGUAUCUUGAUUUGUCUAAUAAUGAUGAUUUGAUGAAAUUGCCAGACAUCGUGUGUAAUUUAAUCAAUUUGCAAACCCUGAGACUCGUUGGGUGCACUAAUCUUGAAAGAUUACCUGAAGGCAUAGGAAAGCUGAUUAACUUGCAGCAUCUUCAUGUCAAGUAUUGUCCUAGUCUAAAGUUGCCCAAGGGGAUUGCAAGGUUAACAAGUCUACAAACGCUAGAUGAAGUUUACAUCCGUGGCAAUGAUGACGUUGAUAACAACAAAGAAGCAUUAUUCGAGUUAAGUGAUUUGAGAAACAUGGAACAGCUUCGUGGGAGUUUCCAAAUAGAAUUUCUGGAGGAUCUCAAGGACGCGAGGCAGGCCGAGCAAGCGCAUUUGGUGAACAAAAAUUGCCUUGUCAGUCUGGAAUUGCGCUUCUUCUUUGGUGGAACAGAUGAGAUUCCUCUUGUGGCAAGCCAGGAAGAAACACUGAAUGCCUUACAACCACCUCCAAAUCUGGAAUCCUUCUCUAUCUAUCACUACAGUGGCACCACACUCCGGCCCCAUUGGAUGACGUCGUUAAACAAAUUGAGAAGCCUUACCCUUCGAUAUUGCAAGUUUGUUGAGUUUGUGCCUCCUUUGGGGCGAUUGGAGUCCCUUGAAGUACUGAAGAUACAUGCUUGGGAUAGCUUGAAAAAGGUAGGAGUUGAGUUUUUGGGAAUAGAUGGAACAAUAGAAACGCAAACAUCCUCAUCACCACUUAUUUUAUUCCCAAGUUUGAAAACACUUCAAUUCAGCCAUUUGUAUAAGUGGGAAGAGUGGGAAGGAAUGACAGGGUGGAGUGAAGAAGAGGAUUCUCAUAAGACAAUUACACUAAUGCCCUGCCUUUCUUCCUUGAGAAUUAUUUCUUGCUAUUCGCUUAAAACACUGCCCAACUUCUUACGAAAUACACCACUGAAGGAGUUGGCCAUCGAUGAGCACUGGUCUCCAACAUCACCAGUUGCACAAGGUUGCCGAAAAGGCAGAGGAGAGUGGCCCAAGAUUUCUCACAUCCCAAACAUCAAAGUUGGUUUCGAAUUUGUACAAAAAGACGGAGUUUACCAAGCUGAUGAUGAUGAGACGCCAAGUGCUGCUUCCACAUCUUCUUCUGGUAAUGUCUAUUAA